UUACUUUUGAAAUUUUAUUUUUUGAAAAUAUAAAAUUUUUAGAGAUUUUUCAGCAUUGGAAAAUGGAGAUAGAUUUAUUUUAUUUAUAAAAUAUCAUUCGGUGAAAAAAUGUUCAUCAAUGGGACUUGAAACGAGUCAUAAAGUGGUCAGCAAUUACAAAGAAAUAAAUCAUAAGUUGGCCGUAUAAUGAUUCUAGAGUUACUCCAAUGUAGGUAUAGUUUCCCUUAAUUAUUUCCUCUGAUUCCACUAAAAAUUGGGUAUUUGAAUCUCUCUUCUCCCCUCUCCUUGGACCAUUUAUUUGAAAAGUGAAUGGUCAAAAGCUGGGUCCACACGGUCCAAUAUUCUAAUAUAUUUGACAAAUCUGGGGAUUUGUCACUCAGAUAUAUAACAUUUGAUGAGAAAAUUAGUUGUUAGAAUGUGGUUUGAGAUAGGAAUUAUAAUUAUCGUUUUAUGAGUGAAGUCGUUUUACGAAAUAGCUUAACGUACCUUCUUUUUUUUUUGAAUGAGAAAUAUAUUGAGGCCAUAUCAAAGCCCUCUCUCUCCUCGCCCAAAUUUUUAAUAUGCAAUUUAUUGACAAAUACACGGUUACUCGACUCGACUAAAAAUAUUCCUUUUUUCUAUCUUUAUUUUCGUGGUUGUGAUAUUGAUAACAUUUCACUUUUUUAAAAUUUCAAAUGUGAAUUUUUGUCGAUCACAUGAAUUAUUUAUUUUUUAAAAAUGAUGUGAUAGUUCGAAUUUGUAACUGCUUGAUAUAUUUUUUCGAUAAUAUUGUAUGGUAAUCGCGAAUACCUACUUGACUAUAAAUAUGGAAGGUUACUACAACAAUAUGUUUCAACAAACUUCCGCCGGCAGAAGAGGAAGCAGUACUAUUGAUCGAAUCACCGAUCCUGAAACGGUGACUAGUUAUUUAUGCGGAUAUAGUUUACGUGUUUGCACUCUUUAUUUGCUAUGGAUCCAUUUGGUAUUCGAUAUGUUUGUAUUGGGAAUAUCGAUGAUAGCAGCGACUAUUAUUUCUUUUGAUUUUUACGAGACCCAAGAGUCAAAUGCCACUUUGUAUACUAUGACAGCGAAUAAAAAUAAAUUAUUCGAUAUCGAUAUGUAUUCCAAAGGUACGGGCACAAAUUUGAUAUUUAUGGCGAGAAAACUGAUCGAGAUGAUUUUCAGUUUUUUCAUAUUGGAUGCGUUCAUCGUAGCCAUGACUUUAUGCGGUGUUUACUUGGAUAAAAUAGUAUUAAUAGUACCUUACAUAGUGCCAAUAUUUACGAAUAUCCUUUUGUGGUUCAUCCUGAUAAUCGCCGAAAUAUUUUUCAUCGUGACACAACAAAUGAGUGGCAGUUGGUUGGUGCUCAUUGCCGUAUUGUUAUUGUUAGUCAAAGAUUUGUACAGAUUCACGGUGCUGUAUUCGUACUUCCAUAUGAUUGGAAAGCAUUACUUUGCUCCUAAACUUCGAACGCCCAAGUAUUUGACGACUCAGUCGCCCCAUUAUCCUCAUAAAACCGUCGAGAUGGGUACGAAGAUGGCGAUGCCGGUGACGACGACGACGACGACUACCGAGGCUCCUUUGGUGGUAUCGUCGCAAGAGAUAGCAUCCUCGGAUCAUUCGAGCGACGAAGAUGAUAUUAUUUCUAUUACAGAUAUUUGAGAUUGUUGAUCGUGUGUAUAAAAUGAUAUUUGUUUGAAUGUAAUAUUA